AUGACUAAUUAUCAUUCUAUUGGAGACGUAGAGGAUGGUCGUCCGAUCGAGGAUGAUACUACUUUUAUUAAACCAUGGUGGCGUUCUUUGUUGAAAGCUAUUGUUUUAAUAGUAUGUAUUGGGCUUUUAUUUGACAUCGAUGGUAUAAUUGGCGAUUCUGAUCUUAUUGUCGCUACUCAUGGUGCCGUUGCUUCCGAAUUAGUGAAUUGUUCUGUUAUUGGAAUUGAUGCUGUUGAUGCCGCGAUUGCAACUCAAAUAUGUAUCGGUACAAUCAAUGCAUUUUCUGCUGGAAUUGGAGGCUUAAUGAUGAUCCGUUUACCUAAUGGAACUGCUGAAUUUAUUGAUUCCCGGGAAACUGCUCCAAAAGCUGCUAGAGCUGAUAUGUAUAAAAAGAAUCAUACUUGGUCUGCGAUCGGUGGGCUCGCUCCAUCAAUUAAACUAAGUCGUUAUGGAUUUCCUGUACCUCCAGAAUUGGAUCGACGACUAAAG